GAUGACAUAAAAAGAUAGAUUAUUAUAAAACAUUUUCCAUAUAAAUAGGCUUGAUAAAAGUUAAAAUCCACCCCCCACCUCUUAAACAUAUCUCUAGACUGUUUGGUAAGAAAAGAAGAACCUUGAACUGUUUGGUCCCAACAUAAAAUAUUAGUUACACACAAAUUGGUCGGUCUCAUAUAUGUAUUUUAAGGUGUUUAUAAAAGCUCAAUUUAGCCAAAGUGCUUAAAACUUCAAAAUUUAUCCACUGUUUUAAUGUCCUAGUUCUCCCAAUAAACACCACCAACACAAAAAACCUUUCUUUGAAUACACAAAGCACAACAAUGCCUUCGGUAACCGAAGAGUUGAAAUCCAAAGCAGAGGUGUAUUAUGGUGACAAAGUUUGUAGGGAGAAGUUUUCUUUAUUGCUUGCAGAAAAAGGUCUACCAGAUGGAUUAUUAUCCAUACAACAAGACAUUGAGGAAUGUGGUCAUGUGAAGGAAAUAGGUUUUGUUUGGCUCAAGCUUGGGAAGAAGAUGGAAAGCAAGUUUGAUAAUAUACUUGUUUGCUAUGAUUCAGUGGUAACUGCUUAUGUUGAGCCAAACAAGAUCAAGAAUCUUACUGGUGUUAAGGCUAGAGAUUUCUUGGUUUGGUUCACUUUGAACGAGAUUUAUGUUAAACCAGUUAAGGGGGGAUCCUUCAUCACCUUCAAGUCUUUAGUUGGUUUGUCCAUGUCUUUUCCAGUGUCAUUGUUUCAAGCUGGGAAACUUGAAGGCAAGGAAGAACAAAUUGUAAUUAAUUAGUGCAAAAUCUGAUUAUGAUGAUUAUUCAUAUCAGAUUAUGCUUGAUGUGAUGCACUUGUAUAUAUUUUUUUUUUACUAUUUGCUUGUAGUUUAAUGAAAAUUGGUAACCAUAAGAGGUACCAGAAAAAGAAUAUGCUAAGCAAUAUUUGUUUCGUAUAGAAUAUGCCUAAUAAACUUUUUAUUGUCCU